GUCUAGAACGGCACAAGUGGCUGGCUGACGUUUUCAUCACAAGCUUUGCUGUUAGAUCUGACGGACAUCGUCAAGACUAACGAAAGCUUUCCCGUACUAAUAAUGUUGCUGAGGAAAUAGAGUGGGGCCACUCUGAAGUCUAGAUUGAAAACAAAGAUGUCGUCUCAUCUUAGCGUCCCAGGCAAACCCAUGCUUACACCACCAAGUGUUCGCAGCCGACAUUUACAACUUCCUUAUGGAUUCCACCAUGUUCAACCCAUACCAUCCAGGCGCCUCUGCUGGCGUCGUCUCCAUACUGGCAAAGGACUUGUCGGCUUCAUUUACGCAUCGGGCAUUACCACUGAGCGAUCUUGGCCACAACAAGGCUUCGGCAGAGGCGCAUCUCCAUCGGUUCGAUCCCGUCCAGACGUCUGCCAGCAAAGCGCGAGCCUUUCUUGAAUGUGGCAUUGCCUGCCUACUCCAGGGUGAGACACUGGCGGCCUUUGGGUACUUCAAAAAUGCAGCAGGCAUAUCAUGUGACGACCCGGGGCUCUAUCUCCUCACGCUAUGCUACGGUCUUCAUUGUCUGUUCCUUACGUAUUAUUGGGCGGCGGGCUCCCAAACAGUACCGGCCGACGAAAUGGAUCCCCUCUACGACCUACAGAAAGCACUACCGUUCUGGGUGAACCGGAUCAUUAGGGUGGAGCAGUCUGUUGGCUGGUCUGCCGCAUGUCAGGUGCGGCGCCUCCUCGAGCAGCAACGCGCUGCUGUUUCUCACCCCAUAGGAAGUUCGCAACAGCUACAGACAGUACAGAAGCUUGAAUGGGACAUAGAGUAUCUCGCCUCAUCCGGAGUGCCAUUCCAAACCACUGCUCCGCUGCUGCUAGAGAUGGCUGGCCUCCAUCGACGAGCGUCGCGCUCAGCGUCCCAUGCCGAAGCCAUGGUACUCCAGCUGCGGCAUGAAUACUCUCGCGUCGGCGAUAUUGUAGGAAUAGCGCACUGUGAAGUGAAACUCGGCGAUCUUGUUUGCGCCCCGGCCGGACCGCCAGAGUACUGGGGCAAUACAGUUCGUCCUGGCCUGGACAGCACCGUGUCCGAGCCGCUCUCGGGCUUCUCUGAACUGCCUGUUACUCCUGACCAAAUCGACAAGGCGGUUCGUCACUACGAAAUCGCACGUUCUUUUUUUGAGCAAGCUGGUUUCUGGCGUGGAUUCGCUUCGGUAGAGCUGCGCCACGGCUAUAUAGCGAUAUUGCGAGCACGCAAUACCACCGGUGAUGAAAUAUUGCGGCACCUCCAGGAGGCCUUGCGAUAUUGUACUGAGGCGCAAAGCCAGUUUGCAGCCUGCGGUGACAUUGUUGCGUUUCAGACAGCUCGCGCACAUUCAAUCUUGGUCCGCGUCGCUCUUGGGCAGCGUCCAGAGGAUACAACAUCGGCAAGGGAAAUCGGGGUUUGGGGUCGAACAAAGGGCAGCAUCAGCUACACGAUGGGACUUGGUCUCUUCCUGGCCGCACAGGCGCAACUCUGGAUAGCCAGCGAGGGCGAGUAUGAGCGGGGCGUGGCAGCGUUGCGACUGGCUGAGGCCCUGUUUGACGGCCUGGGAUUGCCGCGGUCUUUCACGGCGACCAUUGGGGACCAGAUGUUGGUCCACGACAUGCUUGGAGAGCAUGACCGGUUUGUAAUUACAGCCGAGCGAGCGCUGAAGGUGUAUACAGCGCUAUUCGAAACGGCCGGUUCACCUUCGCUUGCCUCCUGGGCCAGGACGCGAGCAGCCCACAUCUUGGACCGUAUGGUGCGCCGGGCCAUAGAACGAGAGGACGCGGACCAGAUAGCGAGCGCGGUUUCAAGGCUCCGGCUGAUACAUCCUCGGCAGCCUCAUCAGUCAGCCCAUCCCUUGGCCACAGCAGAUGCGCUUAGCCAGAUAAUCAGCAAACUAGACCUGGCUAUUUCUGACCCGUCCUCAUUUCCCGCCAUGGAUGACUUGGACGUCAACUUGGUCGGAGAAGUCGUGUCAGUACAGAACACAGAGUCACUUACCCAGGCAGCCGAGUUCCAGGAGCUCAUGUUCCGGGCAAAACGUGCCCGGAGACACGGCGAUAUGAGCAAAGCCCAAGACUUCUGGGACCAAGCUGAGGUCAAGGCACAACAGAGCGAGGACCCGCACAUGGGGAAGCUUCUGCUGGCAGCAGUCACAGCAGCUCGUAAACAGUACGACAACUCAGCCUCACACUUACAUGCCUACUGCAAAUCGAGACUGAGAAAGGCAGAGGAGUCGGCUCGGCGUGCCCGCCAAUCUGCGCCAGAUGUGCAGCAGUUCCUUGGACAGCAGUCGGCUGAGAUUUACGCGCAGACAUUCCCAGGUUUUGCAGGCAUCAAAAAGUUUGACGAGGCCCGAGAGAUACUUGACGUGCUUCUGCAAAUACGCGGUCAUGACUGGUGGAAGGUGGGUGACGCAGUUGCCAAUCUAACAGCCGCCGCCCAAGUAAACGAGGGUCUAGAGAAUUUCGCACCUGCAUGGAAACUCUACCAACAAGCUAUACAGAUAUUCGAGGAUAGGCGUGGGCGGCUGUCACUUGACGAGUACAAGUUGUCUCUCGCUGGCAGUUCUCGGCUUCAGGGGCUGUAUUUCAAGGCCGCCAGGACCGCUGUCAAGUGGCAUUACAGCCUGCUCCGCGACACGGUUUCCGUGUCCACACAGUCGCAGCAGUUGUCAGAUGCCUUUCGAACACUCGAGAGGGGAAAGACUCGCAGUCUUCUUGACCUGAUGGCCGCUGGGUCGUUGAUGUAUGGCCGAUUUGCAACACCUGAACUUGCCGUGUGGGACGAAUACAGACGGAUAGGCGCGUCUCUUGCUGCCAAGCGAGGCAUUCUCCGGCAGAACUACGCAGCAGAAACCCUCGACAGGGACAGGAUCAGGACGCUAGAAGCAGAUAUAUCCAAAACGGAAGCGAGAUUGCACCAACAAGAAGAACGCCUCUUCGCUGACGAGUCCCCUAUGGCCCGGCGCUUCGUCACUCCAAGUGACGUAAGCGACAUUGGCACUCUCCGGUCGCAGCUCGACGAGGAUUCUGUUAUCCUUGAAUAUUCGUACCGUGGCGAUGACCUCGUCGCAUGGGCAAUCACUACGGACGGCAUAGUCGAGGUUUAUCACCGCUCCGUCUCCGAAUUCGAACUAGAGCUUCGCGCGACGAGAUUCCAAGAGCAGUGCCGACGGGCAGCAUCACCAGAUGUAGAGUUGAAAGAGUCUCGCUCCACAGACGGGCAGUGGCUUGCGGACCUUCUUUUCCCGUUCGAGGCCUCGAUGGACAAAUUCCAUUUCAUCAUCGUUCCCUACCGAGCCUUACACACUCUUCCUUUCCACGCUUUGCCGUUCAAAGGGGGUCCACUGCUAGCAUUGCACUCGGUGGCAUACCUGCCUAGCGCGAGCUGUAUGUCAUAUCUCCAAACAGCAAGCGACGACAAGGUGGGGUUUAGGGUGCUCUCUAUUGGCAACCCCUCUAAUAUGGAGUAUGAGGACGUCCUCUCAGGGGCCAAGCAUAGCCUUGCGCCGUUGGGGUUUGCUGAGGCCGAGGCGAGAACCGUCGGCCAGGUCAAUGCCGCAAGCAGGUCCCUCAUCGGCCCAGAAGCCACCAAGGAUGCUGUAAUAGGCAUGAUGGGAGACUUUGACAUACUGCACUUCGCAACGCAUGGGCUGCUAUGCCCCGAGGUGCCCAUGAUGUCAUCUGUGGCCCUUGCAGAGGGCAAACAGCUCACCGUGGGCGAGCUCCUGGGUCGGCGUCUCAAGGCAUCCCUCGUGGUCCUCAGCGCAUGCGAUACUGGCGUGGGAGAGCCGACCGACGGAGACGACAUGGUGGGGUUUGCUCGCUCUUUGUUGGCAGCUGGUGUGCAGGCAAUUGUCGUUAGCCUCUGGCCAGUACAUGACCUGGUGACCAGCAUUCUCAUGAGGGAAUUCUACCAACAGCUGCAGAGAAGCAAGCAAGGCUCGGUAGCACUCAGAGAGGCUCAGCUGGCAGCUAGGAACCUAACGACGGAGAAAAUAUACCAAUAUACUCGAGACAUUCGAGAGGGAGCCUCCAUUAGCGUCGACAAAAGAUCAAUAGCCCCUCAAAAAGCGCAGGAGCGAGUAAAAGACUACUCACAUCCUAGGUUCUGGGCCCCAUUCAUUUAUAUUGGAGUCCAAUAGUGACAAGAGCCUUAACGUCAAUUGACUCCGAAACAGCUGGUUUAGUGGGAACUAUAGAGGUCCUACUAGGAGCAAUCUUCCUCGGUUCGAGUCCCAGUGUCAUUAAUUUCUUUUUUUAUUAAAACUUAAGAGAGAGGUCUUGUUAUUAAUUGAAGCCCUGUUAUUUCAAAAUGAAGAAAUGGAUUUAUUUCUAAUCUGACUAAAAAUGCUUAAUUUAUCUAUAUAAUAUUAUUAAUUAUAGCUAGAUAAAAGCCCGCCCUGGUGUAUUAAGUGG